CUUUUUAUUAGAAAGGUUUUAGAUUUAUGAGGUCUCACAAUCAAAUUGCAAAAUGAAAAUCGGAAAUCAUGGCAGAAUUUCCGCACUAACCAACGUGUCGGGAGUUUUGACUGGAAGUUCUCAGAUUUUUGCAAUCCCAAUGGAGAAGACGGAAGAAGCUUAGCGUAACGUUUUGGGGUUGGUGCCCAAUUUGGCAAUUUUUAGGGUUUAUGCGAUUUUUCUGAAUGGUGGGGUUGUGGGGUUGAGGGGCAUUUGGGCAUCGUUAUGUUGUUUUUGAAAAAGCAAGGCGGCUUGCGCUUCUUCACAAACUUAAAGCACCAAACUUUACUUCAUCGUCAUCAGUUUACAGAGGCUAUGGCUGCUCAUUUGUAUAACCAUGGUAGCUACAAAGGGUUUCAAGGCCGAGCUCAAUGGCCGCAAUCCCAUUUCUCCAGAGACCACUCUUGCAAGUAUGCAACUUUCCCUGGGAAAAUCAGGAAUACGAGGAACACACGUCUUGGCCGCAAUUUUUUCGUAAAAGGGUGCUUCAAAUCACAGCAUCACCACCAUCAGUCUCAUAGCAGUAGCAUAAAGCGUCACAGCAAUGCCUUUGAGAAUCCCAAUGCUCAAUUGGUCCGUGAUCUUGAAUUGGACCUCCGCAGCUCUGAUGCCAUUGGAUUGGCCUCCUCUAAUGGUUGCCAGGAGCGUGGAAGCCAUACUGGAAUCCCUCCCCAUUCUUUGCCCGAUGAUAAAGUCGUCGUUGCUGUUGAUGUGGAUGAGGUGUUGGGAAACUUUGUGUCGGCUCUCAACAGGUUUAUUGCUGAUCGUUACUCCUCCCACCAUUCAGUUUCAGAGUACCAUGUCUAUGAGUUCUUCAAGAUAUGGAACUGUUCUCGUGAUGAAGCCGAUGUUCGUGUGCAUGAGUUCUUUAAAACAUCAUAUUUCAAGACCGGGAUCCACCCACUCCCAGGUGCUCAGGAGACAAUUCAUAAGUUGUCAGGAUUUUGUGACCUGUCAGUUGUGACGUCUAGACAGAAUGCAAUUAAGGACCACACAAUUCAAUGGAUUGAAAAACAUUUUCCAGGACUGUUUCAGGAGAUUCACUUUGGCAACCACUUUGCUUUAGAUGGAGAGUCUAGGCCUAAGUCAGAAAUAUGCAGGUCCUUGGGAGCAAAGGUUCUAAUUGAUGACAAUCCAAGAUAUGCGCUUGAAUGUGCUGAGGCUGGGAUCAGGGUUCUUCUUUUUGAUUAUGAGAACUCAUAUCCGUGGUGCAAGACUGAGUCAAUUAUUCAGCACCCCCUGGUCACCAAGGUCCAUAACUGGGAAGCAGUGGAGAAGCACUUAAUGACAUGGAUUAUUUCAUAGUUUUUUUUACAACCUAGUACAAGAUUGACCACCAAUUUGUUAAGAUAUAUUGAAUUCAUUCUAAUGCAUGAGAGCAUCAGAUGGAUGCUAAAGAAAGUAUUGUUGAUGAAGAAACUCCAUAGUCUCUAGAGACCUGCCAAAUAGGGUUGCUCAGUGAGUAGGAGAAUGAUGAGAGGUGAUAAUAUCUUCUUAUCAUUUCGCCCUAUUCUGAAAACUAGGUGUCAGAAUGCUCAAAGUCAACAGCUAGGGCUUGGUUUCUUUUCCUUUUCUCCUUAUUUUACAUUUAGAAGAGAAUAAGGUAGAAAGAAAACUGGCAAGUUGUAAAUAUGGAUGAUGACGAAAUGCUCAAAAUUUUCGAACAUUGAAUUUUGAUCUUGACACCACCA